CCGCGUCCCGUCCGAUCGCCAUGGGUGUCCGCGACCUCUUCUUCCCCCUCGAGCCACCAUUGCAGGACUCGUCAAGUCCUAGAGAUGAGGAACCCUCCGAAGACUUGAAGAAGGUGCUGCAAUGGCAGGACGAACGCUUGAAGCGCCGCCUGAGCGGGAUGUAUCGCAGCGAAGUUAUGCACCUCAGCCAGCUUGUCAACGAUAAUCUGAAAGCCCCACUAAGGCUAUCGUCUAUCGUGGUCGAAGGCGCAGAUCAUACGCGCGACUCCUUCCUCCGCUUCCUGACCCGCCCCCACCUCGCCCGUGAACACGAAACCCUUGAAGACGUCCUUCACACAGGCCGCUACCUCUCCCACCUUUUGCAAAAGUCGGACGUUUUCAGCCAUGUCGAGGCACGCCUCGAGGGCGCGCGCGACCUCCUUGCCGGCCCCCAUGACGUCGAUCUCGUCCUCCGCACCAAGGAGCGCGGCCGCUUUUUCCUCAAGACUGCAACGGAGCUCGGAAACAAUGAGGGCAGCGCCAGCUUGACGGCGCGCGUGCGCAAUGUCUUUGGCGGCGCGGAGAUGUUCGACGCGAAUGUUUCCUUUGGCACGAAGACGCGGCGCGCGUUCACUGCGUCGCUCACGGCUCCACUUACGCCCGACCUGGAAACUAGCGCGCUGCUUACGGCGUAUGGCUUGCAACGGGAUUGGACGAACUUCGCAAGCUGCAUGGAGGAGCAGGUUGGGGCGAAGGCUGCAGUUAGGAGAGGAACACCCGACGAGGGUGCGCAUGAGCUUGCGUAUGAGGGUGUCGUUAGGCAUGUAGGCAAUCUAGCACCGACUGCGUCUCUUGCGAUGCGCCAGUCCGCCGGCGAGAGCAGCAAGUCGGCGGUCUCGUACACCUACACCUUCGACAGUCGGGAUGACCGCAUAGCCGCAACGCGGGGCCUAUAUGCCAAAUUCGCGAGCGAGUUCGCUGGUCUGGGCGGCGGAGAUGCGCGCUUCGUCAAGACGGAAGCCGAGGCGCAAGCCAGCCGAAGGCUGACUGACCAUAUCUCGCUGUCCAUCGCCAGCAAGACCGGCCUCCUCUACGGUCUUGGCAACAGCCCGCCGCUGUUCCCGGACAAAUUCCGUUUGGGUGGACCGUUAUCCGUGCGGUCCUUCAAAGCCAGUGGCAUGGGUCCACGAGACGGACCGGACCAUCUCGGCGGCGAUUUCUACUGGUCGACGGGCCUGAGCUUUGUCUCCGACAUCCCGCGCAAGCCACAAUGGCCUGUCAAGUUGCACGGGUGGGUCAACGCCGGUCGUCUUGAUGCCCUCGAGCUGGACACCCAGAGCCAACCCGCGUCAAAACCGGCGCCAUCCUUGCUCUCGCAGCUGCAGUCGUCCUUCGCGCGCCCUGCGGUGUCUGUUGGCCUCGGCCUGCUCUACCGAUUCGACCCCGUGCGCAUGGAGCUGAACUUUGGUGUUCCGCUGGUUGCGAGCGAGAGUGACGCAACACGGAAGGGGUUACAGGUGGGAAUGGGACUGGAGUUCCUGUGAGCAGAGAAGUAGGAUGGGACGUACGCAUGUUGUGAUUCAGGUCUACUAUACUAAUAGUGAUGAAUCAUCCCUC